GUGAAUAGUUUUUUUUUUGACUGAGAUGGAGGAAAGAAUAAGCUCAGGUGUGCAGAAGCAGUGGCUGAAGCAACAGAUAGACCAGCAAGUGAGUUGUUUAUGGUGUGCUUGCAUGAAGUCAUGAGCAGUACCCUGGUGUGCUUGUUGUAGAGCGAGCCAACCUACAGGUUGAAGUAGAUUGGGCCCACAUCACUGGCCUGAAUUUUGGGAGAGCAAGUCUGUGGGAAUGUUGAGGUAAUGAAUGGUGGCUACAUCGAAGAAGUUACCCACCACCCCAGAAUGGAUCAGCACUGUAAAGGGAUAAACAGUGUCUGAGUACUGUAUCAUGACAUUUUAAUUGAAAAUAGUUUAAAUGACCUUCUUAGUUCAAACGGUCUCUCUGAACAAUGUUCCUGGUCUUUUGAAUCAAACCAGUCCUGUUUUUCUCUGCUCUUCACAUUUUCUAGCCUUCUCUUAUUUCCUGCAAGUCAUGGAUUCCAAAUGCAUGGAAAUAGCUGCCCUGGGAAGACCUUUGUAUCCUGGCAUGCUGUAUGAUUGCCGAAGUGACUCCUUUAUUCCAGGUGUUACUUUAUGGGAUAAAAAUGCAUUGAGUGAUGACCUUGAUGUGCAUCAGAAGCCUAAAACACAUCUGAAACUUGCAGCCUCUGAUAGUCUCAGUGAUAAGGCAAACCUCCUAGACAUAAGUGCUUCCCUUAAAGCCAGUUUCCUAAGUGGAUUGGUGGAGGUUGGAGGAUCGGCCAAGUACCUGCAAGAUACCAAAUCUUCAGCACAUCAGUCCAGAGUUACUAUGCAGUACAGCCAGACAACAACAUUUGAACAGCUCACUAUGAAGGAGCUCGGUAAUAUCACCUACCCACAAGUAUUUGACCAGAAAACAGCCACUCAUGUAGUUACAGCUGUACAGUAUGGAGCUCAGGUUUUCAUGGUGUUUGAUUAUAAGAGAACAGAAAAUGAGAGCAAACAGAAAAUUGAAGGAAACCUUCAUGCAGUGGUCAAGAAGAUCCCUACCAUUUCCAUUGAGGGGCAAGCAUCCCUUAACAUGACUGAAGAUGAAAAAAAAAUGGCUGAGAAUAUUAGUGUCACAUUUUAUGGUGACAUUAAACUUGAAGAAAACCCCACCACAUAUAAGGAUGCCCUGGAAGUGUACAAAAAGGUGCCUGCUCUGAUGAAGCAACAAGGUAAAGGUGUGCCUCUGACAGUGUGGCUGUAUCCUCUCAAUCUUUUGAAUGAUAAGGCUGCAAAGUUGGUGAGAGAAAUUAAUUUGAGCCCGUUGUAUGAAGCAGAAAGUUUGCUUGAGGAAUUUGGUGAAAUGGAGAGAAUAUGCAAUGAUUUGAUCAAAAGACAAAUAACGGAUAAUUUCCCUGAUCUAAAAGACAGGUUGCUAAAGUUUCAGGCAUUACACAGAAAGUAUACAAGUUUGUUUAAGAUCGCACUAUGCAGAGUUCUACCAGCGAUUCGUGGUGGGACAAAAGAGGACAAGGCACUAGGGGACAUCCUGAGCAUCCAUUACACAUCACCCUUCAGUGUAAGCAUCAUUAACAAAUGGUUGGAUGACAUUACAACUGAAUUAAAUAUACUGAGCUCCUAUACUGUUGGGUUGAAAGACAUCACAGUUGUGAAAUCAUCAGGGUCAUUAAAUUCCAUUUGUUUUCACCCUGAUGUUGAUGUGGUGGUAUGUUUGUCAUUUACCUCUCUAAAAUAUGAAGACUCAUACCUAGCAGCCUUACAGGACUUUGAGAACACUGAAUCAUUUAAAAUGUUGGGGAAAGCAGCACAGCCUUGGUUCACUUCUCCUGACAUUCCUGCAAGGAUGAAGCAGAAUCUUUCUCUCUUUACCUCUUUUUUAAAGGGCAAUAAAAAUGAGAAGAGAAUCAAAUUCAUCAUUGCCUCCAUAUCAGAUCCCAGCAAUCCAGGAUCCUCAAUCCAACUUUAUCAGAAUGGCUCUCUGACAGAUCCUAAGUUCCAGCCUGUAUCCAAACCUCCCAAACCUGAAGUGGAGACCAGUGAUGGGAAAGUUACCCUGAAGCUUUCAAAAUCCCCAACUGGAAAGACUGUACACUUCAGAGUCGAGUACAGGAUGACACCUUCAAAUGAUUCAGCAGCUGAUGUUGAGGGAUGGACAGUCAAAGACACGUCAAAUGCACAGGACACCUUCACAUUGACUGGACUAAAGCCAACAGAAAAAUACUGGGUCCGAUACAGAGCUGUUAGUGAUGUGGGAGUGAGUGAAGCAAGCAACUCUGUCCCCUUCACCAUUAUUGGAAAGCUCACUGUGACAGUAGACCAAUGGAACCUCUCUGUACCUCAACUCAUUUAUAACCUAAGGACUAAAAUAAUGAACAGUCCUCCUGAUGUACCACGUCCAGUCUGCAACCCUAGCAAUCCGUAUUUGGGAUCAAUCCCUGGAGGCUUGAGACCUGGUGUGGCUUUGUUCUUUCAAGGGAAAGUUCCAUCAAAUUUUAAUUGCUUUGCAAUAAAUUUGCAGACUGGACCGAAGUACCUUCAUGACGUCGCUUUCCACUUCAACCCCCGUAUAUCCUCUGUGGUCCUUGACAGCUGCAGGAAUGAGACAUGGGAUAAUGUAGAGUUGCUACCAGCAGGCCCAUUUGUCAAAGAAGCAGCUUUUGAUAUCAUCAUGGUUAUUAACCCAGAAUGCUAUAAGGUGCUGGUGAAUGGCCUGGAAUACUGCACGUUCAAGCACCGUAGACCGUUGGAUAAAGUGACUGCAAUUUUUAUUAAAGGAGACAUCUUCAUGAACACCAUUGCCAUUAUCAAAGUGGAUGAUGUUAAUCUGAACGUCAGCGUCUCCAGUCCUGGCAACAUUUAAGGAUUCAAAUCUUCUCCAUUACCAAUGACAUUUAUUUUGGUAUAUUUCUGCUCAGUUAUUUUAGAAUUACAACAGUUUAUGGGUAUGAUUUGUCUUUUUAUUAAUCAGUAAUAUGUUAAAUCAGCAACUACUGAGCAUUUUUAUGAGAUUUUUGUUAGAAAUGCAUACUAUAUAUUUUUUAUUAGACUUUUUUCUUAAAUACAGUCAAAAAUAUAGGUCAUUUGCAAUAGCUAAAUAGAUAGAUAGGUACUUUAUUAAUUCCCCCUGAGGAAAGUGGCAGCCGAACAUAACCAUACAAUACAAAGGAUAAAAUAUAUAGAAUUACAGUAGAUACAGAAAUUACACUGUACAAAAGUACAUAGAAUAUACACAAAAAAUGUAUUCAUCCACUGAUACACAAAAUGUACCCAAUAUAUAAACAGAUGCAGAAUAUGUAUGAAUUGUCCUUCAUUUUUAAUGGAAUGUAGUUCACUAAAAAAACUGAAAAAGUUCAAAAGUGCCUCUGCACAUGAGGGAUGUAUUUUACAGUCACUGACAGAACUGUAUUUAGCCGGUUAGCAUCACUCGCUUUUGCAGCGGUGCCCAAGCACACCACAGCCUAGAAAAGGAAGCUGGCCACCACAGACUGAGAGAAGUCUAGUUAAAAGUCUUCAAUGAUUAAAAUGAUGCUCUGUGGAAAUCUCCAAAAUCUCUUAUUUGAGUCUCCUAUUUCGGCUCCUCCUUAAAUACUGAAGUAAAUUUCACCAGUAGAGAGCGCUCAUUAUUCUUUUCUAAAAAUGUGCACUAUUAUAAAGUAUAAAUAAAUUGACUAAUUAUUACUCUAGCCCGAAUGUAUUAUGGUGUGUUUUGCGAUUUUCUUGCUUUGUAAUUACAAAUUGAUUCAAUCAUUUUAUCAAUGUACUGCUUAUAAUCAUUAAAUAAAUGGUGAUAAAAUUAA